UGAUGACGUCACAAAAAGCGCCUUCUUUCUGGUAUCUUUCCAGCUCGUGCGACCUUUAUAACUUUGUACUUUGCCCACACAUGAUUGCGAGAUAUCGAAAAUGUUCCUUAUGAGGAGAACUACCGUUCUGGCACUCUCGCGUACCAACUUCUGUCGGACAUUUUGUUCCUCGCAAAGACUCCAAAUGGAAAGAAAAGGUUUGGUGCUGGGCGUGUUCGAGCGGAAAGAAAAGGAGGGCAUCUUUCGUUUGACAGAUGCAGCAGAAGGUUUUGAUCGCAAAGUAUCCGGCAAGCUCUCCGAACUGCUGAAAAUUUCUGGAGUUCUCAAGAAGGGCAAAAGCAGAGUGUUUUAUGGGGUCCACAAGGACUUCCCGUGCGUAGCGGUGGUCGGUCUGGAUGACGUCACGGCGGGCGUGUGCCGGGCGGAGAACUGGGACGCUGCCAAGGAGAACAUCCGACAGGCUGUGUCGGCCGGCUGCAGGGUUCUUCAGGACCUGGAGGUCAACCUCGUGGAGGUGGAUGGCUGCGGUGACCCUCAAGCGGCAGCAGAGGGCGCCUUGCUGGGCCUGUUCCAGUACGACCAGCUGAAAUCCAAGAAAAAGCCCAAAGUGACCGUGCAGCCUCAUGCCAGUGCCGAAGCGACUGCAUGGGAGAAAGGAGUCCUGUACGCUGAUGGCCAAAACCUGGCCCGACUCCUCAUGGAAGCCCCGGCCAAUCACAUCACUCCCACCGCUUUCGCCGAGACCGUUGAAGAGAGGCUGGCGCAGUACGGCGACCGGGUUGUUGUACAUAAGAGAUCGCAGGCGUGGAUCGAGGAGCAAGGGAUGGGCGCGUUUCUCAGCGUGUCCAAAGGCUCAGAGGAGCCCCCCGUCUUCCUGGAGCUGCACUACAACGGCGCGCCCGACGGCGCCCAGGACCCGCUGCUUUUGGUCGGGAAGGGCGUCACCUUCGACAGCGGCGGCAUCUCUCUGAAGCCGUCCGCCUCCAUGGAUAUGAUGCGAGCCGACAUGGGCGGGGCCGCCACAGUGUGCGCCGCGGUCGUCACGGCGGCGGCCCUCAACCUGCCCAUCAACAUCAUCGGCCUGGCUCCACUGUGUGAGAACAUGCCCAGCGGCAAGGCCACCAAACCGGGCGAUGUUGUCACGGCAAAGAACGGGAAAACCAUCCAGGUGGACAACACGGACGCAGAAGGGAGGCUAAUCCUCGCCGAUGCGCUCUGUUAUGCUCACACCUUCAACCCCAGGGCUGUCGUCAACGUCGCAACGCUAACAGGCGCCAUGGACGUCGCGCUGGGCUCGGCGGCGACCGGAGUCUUCACCAACUCUGAUUGGCUGUGGGAGCGGCUGCACAAGGCCGGUACGGUGACAGGCGACCGAGUUUGGCGCAUGCCUCUGUUCCAGCACUACACCAGACAGGUGACGGACAGCCAGCUGGCCGACCUCAACAACGUCGGCAAGUACAGCCGGUCGGGCGGCGCUUGCACGGCGGCGGCGUUCCUGAAGGAGUUCGUCACCUCGCCGCGCUGGGCUCACCUGGACAUCGCGGGAGUGAUGAGCAACAAGGACGAAAUUCCGUACUUGAGGAAGGGCAUGUCGGGGAGGCCCACGCGCACCCUGGUGGAGUUCGCGGCCGCGCUGGCACGCGACGAAUAAACGGCUUUGCAAAUGCGCCGCUGA